CCCAAUUUUUUAUUAUUUAGAUGUUUACUCAUUUGUAGUAUUAGUACUCUAGUCAAUCCAAAUAUUAUGAAUCUAUGAUUGACAAUAAUCGCCUAGCACGCCUUUUCCAAGUCUUCGAAGCUCCACUUUGUUUUAUAAUCAAAAAGCUCAUCAAUCCCUCCGACCCCUACACUUUCGUCCCCAUUGUCUCACUCUCAAGCAAACCCAAUCCCGAUACAAAACUCUCACAGACAAAAACACAAACACCUAAACUACAAAAAAAUCUCCUCAUGGAAAAAGAAAAACCCAAUAAUAUAAACUCAGCAACGUGUCAACAAGUCCCAAAUCUUCUCUCCUCUUUCGUCGACACUUUCGUCGAUUUCUCCGUCAGUGGCGGCCUCUUCCUACCAAAUUACCAAAACACCCCUCAUCCUAAUGCCUCUGUAGAUAACCAAAAUUACGAAAAUGCCCUCAAAACUCGAUAUCCUACUCCGCCUAGUCGACUCGUCGCGAUCGGCGAUCUCCACGGCGACUUGGAGAAGUCGAAGGAGGCGCUCCGUCUCGCCAAUUUGAUUAACGACUCCGGCGACUGGACCGGCGGGUCGACCACCGUGGUUCAGAUCGGGGAUGUGCUCGAUCGCGGCGGCGAUGAGAUUAAAAUACUUUACUUCUUCGAGAGGCUUCGCCGGCAAGCGGCGAGAGCCGGCGGAGAAGUCAUCACCAUGAACGGCAACCAUGAGAUCCUGAACGUGUAUAGAGAUUUCCGGUUCGUGUCGAAAUCGGGUUUGGAAGAGUUUAGGGUUUGGGCGGAGUGGUACCGUGUGGGCCAAGUAAUGAAAACUCUCUGCGAGGGUUUGGAAAACCCUAAGAACAUAUUCGAAGGAAUUCCUAAAUCACUUUGCCGAGUCAAUCACGAUGGUGAUGAAGCUUCUGUAGAAGGAAUCAGAGCGAGAAUCGCCGCUUUACGACCUAGCGGUCCGAUAUCUGCGCGGUUUUUAUCGAAAAACGCGACUGUUUUGGUCAUCGGCGAUUCAGUUUUCGUUCACGGUGGCCUCAAGCCGGAGCACGUGUACUAUGGAUUGGAGAAAAUCAACGAAGAUGUGAGAGACUGGAUCAAUGGGUUGGGGGAAAAUUACACGCUGAAGCAUUUUGCUAGGAAGAAAGAUGCGGUGGUGUGGAUGAGGGAUUUUUCGGAUGAUUCGAAGAAGAAAUGUGAUUGUUCAGCUCUUGAAUUGUUGCUUAACACAAUUCCGGGGGUGAGGAGGAUGAUAAUGGGACAUACAAUUCAGAAGAAUGGGAUCAAUGGAGCUUGUGAAAAUCAGGCGAUAAGGAUUGAUGUGGGGAUGUCCAAAGGGUGCGGUAAUGGGUUGCCGGAGGUUUUGGAGAUUAGUGAGAAUUCGGGGUUAAGGAUUUUGACGUCAAACCCGCUUUAUCAGAAUAAGUAUAAGGCUUAUUUGGAUAGUGAGAGGAAGGAAGGGCUUGGUUUGUUGAUUCCGGAACAAGGACCAAAACAAGUGGAAGUGAAGGCUUAGGAGUUUGGGUUGUUUAGCUUCCCAUGCUUCAUCCUGAGAAAUUUGUGAAGCUUGGAAUUGAUCCUCCUAAGGGUGUCCUGUGCUUGGUCCUCCAGGGAGAGGUAAGACACUAAUAGCUAAA